AUGGGGCCACCAACAUUACAGAUGAGGAAACCGACUACACAUCAUGGAAAUGAGGAAACCGACCACAGUUCACAGAAGUCUGAAAGACCAAAAGAUGUCACACUAACACAUGGGGCGACAAACAUUACAGAUGAGGAAACCGACUACACAUCACAGAAGUCUGAAAGACCAAAAGAUGUCACACUAACACAUGGGGCCACAAACAUUACAGAUGAGGAAACUGACUACACACCACAGAAGUCUAAAAGACCAAAAGAUGUCACACUAACACAUGGGGCCACAAACGUUACAGAUGAGGAAACCGACUACACAUCACAGAAGUCUGAAGGACCAAAAGAUGUCACACUAACACAUGGGGCCACAAACAUUACAGAUGAGGAAACUGACUACACACCACAGAAGUCUGAAAGACCAAAAGAUGUCACACUAACACAUGGGGCCACCAACAUUAGAGAUGAGGAAACCGACUACACAUCACAGAAGUCUGAAAGACCAAAAGAUGUCACACUAACACAUGGGGCCACCAACAUUGCAGAUGAGGAAACCGACUACACAUCAUGGAAGUCUGAAAGACCAAAAGAUGUCACACUCACACAUGGGGCUACAAACAUUAAAGAUGAGGAAACUGACUACACACCACAGAAGUCUGAAAGACCAAAAGAUGUCACACUAACACAUGGGGCCACAAACAUUACAGAUGAGGAAACCGACUACACAUCACAGAAGUCCGAAAGACCAAAAGAUGUCACACUAACACAUGGGGCCACAAACAUUACAGAUGAGGAAACCGACUACACACCACAGAAGUCUGAAAGGCCAAAAGAUGUCACACUAACACAUGGGGCCACUAACAUUACAGAUGAGGAAACCGACUACACAUUACAGAAGUCUGAAAGACCAAAAGAUGUCACACUAACACAUUGGGCCACAAACAUUUCAGAUGAGGAAACCGACUACACACCACAGAAGUCUGAAAGACCAAAAGAUGUCACACUAACACAUGGGGCCACAAACAUUACAGAUGAGAAAAACGACUACACACCACAGAAGUCUGAAAGACCAAAAGAUGUCACACUAACACAUGGGGCCACAAAUAUUACAGAUGAGGAAACCGACUACUCAUCACAGAACAUUACAGAUGAGGAAACCGACUACACAACACAGAAGUCUAAAAGACCAAAAGAUGUCACACUAACACAUGGGGCCACAAACAUUACAGAUGAGGAAACUGACUACACAUCACAGAAGUCUGAAAGACCAAAAGAUGUCACACUAACACAUGGGGCCACAAACAUUACAGAUGAGGAAACCGACUACACAUCACAGAAGUCUGAAAGACCAAAAGAUGUCACACUAACACAUGGGGCCACAAACAUUACAGAUGAGGAAACUGACUACACAUCACAGAAGUCUGAAAGACCAAAAGAUGUCACACUAACACAUGGGGCCACAAGCAUUACAGGUGAGGAAACCGACUACACAUCACAGAAGUCUGAAAGGCCAAAAGAUGUCACACUAACACAUGGGGCCACAAGCAUUACAGAUGAGGAAACUGACUACACAUCACAGAAGUCUGAAAGACCAAAAUAUGUCACACUAACACAUGGGGCCACAAACAUUACAGAUGAGAAAACCGACUACACACCACAGAAGUCUGAAGGACCAAAAUAUGUCACACUAACACAUGGGGCCACCAACAUUAGAGAUGAGGAAACCGACUACACAUCACAGAAGUCUGAAAGACCAAAAGAUGUCACACUAACACAUGGGGCCACAAACAUUACAGAUGAGAAAACUGACUACACAUCACAGAAGUCUGAAAGACCAAAAGAUAUCACACUAACACAUGGGGCCACAAACAUUACAGUCGAGAAAACCGACUACACAUCACAGAAGUCUGAAAGACCAAAAGAUGUCACACUAACACAUGGGGCCACAAACAUUACAGAUGAGGAAACUGACUACACAUCACAGAAGUCUGAAAGACCAAAAGAUGUCACACUAACACAUGGGGCCACAAACAUUACAGAUGAGAAAACCGGCUACACACCACAGAAGUCUGAAAGACCAAAAGAUGUCACACUAACACAUGGGGCCACAAACAUUACAGAUGAGGAAACUGACUACACACCACAGAAGUCUGAAAGACCAAAAGAUGUCACACUAACACAUGGGGCCACCAACAUUAGAGAUGAGGAAACCGACUACACAUCACAGAAGUCUGAAAGACCAAAAGAUGUCACACUAACACAUGGGGCCACCAACAUUACAGAUGAGGAAACCGACUACACAUCAUGGAAGUCUGAAAGACCAAAAGAUGUCACACUAACACAUGGGGCUACAAACAUUUCAGAUGAGGAAACCGACCACAGUUCACAGAAGUCUGAAAGACCAAAAGAUGUCACACUAACACAUGGGGCGACAAACAUUACAGAUGAGGAAACCGACUACACAUCACAGAAGUCUGAAAGACCAAAAGAUGUCACACUAACACAUGGGGCCACAAACAUUACAGAUGAGGAAACUGACUACACACCACAGAAGUCUAAAAGACCAAAAGAUGUCACACUAACACAUGGAGCCACAAACGUUACAGAUGAGGAAACCGACUACACAUCACAGAAGUCUGAAGGACCAAAAGAUGUCACACUAACACAUGGGGCCACAAACAUUACAGAUGAGGAAACUGACUACACACCACAGAAGUCUGAAAGACGAAAAGAUGUCACACUAACACAUGGGGCCACCAACAUUAGAGAUGAGGAAACCGACUACACAUCACAGAAGUCUGAAAGACCAAAAGAUGUCACACUAACACAUGGGGCCACCAACAUUGCAGAUGAGGAAACCGACUACACAUCAUGGAAGUCUGAAAGACCAAAAGAUGUCACACUCACACAUGGGGCUACAAACAUUAAAGAUGAGGUAACUGACUACACACCACAGAAGUCUGAAAGACCAAAAGAUGUCACACUAACACAUGGGGCCACAAACAUUACAGAUGAGGAAACCGACUACACAUCACAGAAGUCCGAAAGACCAAAAGAUGUCACACUAACACAUGGGGCCACAAACAUUACAGAUGAGGAAACCGACUACACACCACAGAAGUCUGAAAGGCCAAAAGAUGUCACACUAACACAUGGGGCCACUAACAUUACAGAUGAGGAAACCGACUACACAUUACAGAAGUCUGAAAGACCAAAAGAUGUCACACUAACACAUUGGGCCACAAACAUUUCAGAUGAGGAAACCGACUACACACCACAGAAAUCUGGAAGACCAAAAGAUGUCACACUAACACAUGGGGCCACAAACAUUACAGAUGAGGAAACCGACUACACACCACAGAAGUCUGAAAGGCCAAAAGAUGUCACACUAACACAUGGGGCCACUAACAUUACAGAUGAGGAAACCGACUACACAUUACAGAAGUCUGAAAGACCAAAAGAUGUCACACUAACACAUUGGGCCACAAACAUUUCAGAUGAGGAAACCGACUACACACCACAGAAGUCUGAAAGACCAAAAGAUGUCACACUAACACAUGGGGCCACAAACAUUACAGAUGAGAAAAACGACUACACACCACAGAAGUCUGAAAGACCAAAAGAUGUCACACUAACACAUGGGGCCACAAAUAUUACAGAUGAGGAAACCGACUACUCAUCACAGAACAUUACAGGUGAGGAAACCGACUACACAUCACAGAAGUCUGAAAGGCCAAAAGAUGUCACACUAACACAUGGGGCCACAAGCAUUACAGAUGAGGAAACCGACUACACAACACAGAAGUCUAAAAGACCAAAAGAUGUCACACUAACACAUGGGGCCACAAACAUUACAGAUGAGGAAACUGACUACACAUCACAGAAGUCUGAAAGACCAAAAGAUGUCACACUAACACAUGGGGCCACAAACAUUACAGAUGAGGAAACCGACUACACAUCACAGAAGUCUGAAAGACCAAAAGAUGUCACACUAACACAUGGGGCCACAAACAUUACAGAUGAGGAAACUGACUACACAUCACAGAAGUCUGAAAGACCAAAAGAUGUCACACUAACACAUGGGGCCACCAACAUUACAGAUGAGGAAACCGACUACACAUCAUGGAAGUCUGAAAGACCAAAAGAUGUCACACUAACACCUGGGGCCACCAACAUUACAGAUGAGAAAACCGACUACACACCACAGAAGUCUGAAAGACCAAAAGAUGUCACACUAACACAUGGGGCCACCAACAUUAGAGAUGAGGAAUCCGACUACACAUCAUGGAAGUCUGAAAGACCAAAAGAUGUCACACUCACACAUGGGGCUACAAACAUUACAGAUGAGGAAACCGACUACACAUCAUGGAAGUCUGAAAGACCAAAAUAUGUCACACUAACACAUGGGGCCACAAACAUUACAGAUGAGGAAACCGACUACACAUCACAGAAGUCUGAAAGACCAAAAGAUGUCACACUAACACAUGGGGCCACCAACAUUAGAGAUGAGGAAACCGACUACACAUCACAGAAGUCUGAAAGACCAAAAGAUGUCACACUAAAACAUGGGGCCACCAACAUUACAGAUGAGGAAACCGACUACACAUCAUGGAAGUCUGAAAGACCAAAAGAUGUCACACUAACACAUGGGGCCACCAACAUUACAGAUGAGGAAACCGACUACACAUCAUGGAAGUCUGUAAGACCAAAAGAUGUCACACUCACACAUGGGGCUACAAACAUUACAGAUGAGGAAACCGACUACACAUCACAGAAGUCUGAAAGACCAAAAGAUGUCACACUAACACAUGGGGCCACAAACAUUACAGAUGAGAAAACCGGCUACACACCACAGAAGUCUGAAAGACCAAAAGAUGUCACACUAACACAUGGGGCCACAAACAUUACAGAUGAGGAAACUGACUACACACCACAGAAGUCUGAAAGACCAAAAGAUGUCACACUAACACAUGGGGCCACCAACAUUAGAGAUGAGGAAACCGACUAA